CUCCUGCGGUGAUUGAUUUGGUUUUCUCUGGUGUUUUAACUAGUUCCGGCCUUUGGCGCUCUAUGACGUCACCGAAGUGACGGAGCGGAAAAGCGCGAGAAGCGGCUUGGUUCCUUCUGCGCAGAGGCGGUAGUGACACAGGCACAACUGACGGUGGCAGAAGCUCAGCUGACAAGGACUGGAGACAGCGGUGUCCUUGUCUUGCCUUUGUCGCCCCCGCCCCCUCUUCCCUGGCUAGACCUGCGGAGUCCCGGCCGAAGAACCUGAGGAGCCAUAUAUUGAAGACCAUGUCUGGAAGCUUCUACUUUGUAAUUGUUGGGCACCAUGAUAAUCCAGUUUUUGAAAUGGAGUUUUUGCCAGCUGGGAAGGCAGAAUCCAAAGACGACCAUCGUCAUCUGAACCAGUUCAUAGCUCAUGCUGCUCUCGACCUCGUAGAUGAGAACAUGUGGCUGUCGAACAACAUGUACUUGAAAACUGUGGACAAGUUCAACGAGUGGUUUGUGUCAGCAUUUGUCACUGCGGGGCAUAUGAGGUUUAUUAUGCUUCAUGACAUAAGACAAGAAGAUGGAAUAAAGAACUUCUUUACUGAUGUUUAUGAUUUGUAUAUAAAGUUUUCAAUGAAUCCAUUUUAUGAACCCAAUUCUCCUAUUCGAUCAAGUGCAUUUGACAGAAAAGUUCAGUUUCUUGGGAAGAAACACCUUUUAAGCUGAAUGGAGAAAAUUCCAAAAUAAAUGAUGUCACCACAAUGGUGUAUAUUCAGGAAUGUGUACAUUGUAAAUUCCUUGAUUAAAUAGCCUGGAACUCUUUUGUGUAUUCUCAGUUUAUCUAAAC